CGCCGAGCUCGUCCAGGAUCACCCGGCCCUCGACCCUGACUUCAACAUGUGUGACAUCCAGACGCCCGAAGUCAUCUACUGCUACUGCGACGUCCUCGAAGCGGAUGCGGCUGAAGAAGGCAACUGCUGGAUCUUCAACGACACGUCCGAGAACGAGUUCAUCUGGGAGGGCUUCGCGUCCCAGACCAAGAUCAAGCGCCUCACCCUCCACUUGCGCCCCGACGGCACCCUCAAGACCAUCCCGACGGUGGCCAUCCAGCACCUCCCUGACCUCGAGAUGUUUGAGGUUCAGUACGCCACCUUCAAGAUGGUGAACGCCUUCAGCUUCGGCAACUCGAGCUCGUUGGCCAAGAUCUCUCUGGCCCGGAACUCCAUCGGCACUCUGGCCCGCAACGCCUUCGCUCACCUCCCGUCCCUGGACACCCUCUCCCUCGGCGAGAACCACAUCACCGAAGUCAACCGCCACGUGUUCGUCGACCUGCCCAAGAUCACCAAGCUCUACAUGGACCGCAACAACAUCACCAUCGUGCACGACCGAGCCUUCCAGGGCCUCCACAACCUGGUCGAGCUGGAGCUUUUCUCGAACCAGAUUCAGGUGAUCACCCCCGACACCUUCAAGGGUCUGAGGGCCUUGGAGCGCCUCGACCUCCACAAGAACCGCAUCGAGGUCAUCGGCGACUUGACCUUCCAGGACCUCCAGGUCCUCCGUGUCUUGGACCUCCAGGAGAACUCCCUCAAGUACAUCGCGCCAAAGAGCUUCUUCGGUCUCUCCAACCUUCUGCAGCUCAACCUACAGGACAACAAGCUGCUCUCCGUGGGACCUGAGGUGUUCAAGCCCACCGUCAACAUCUUCUACCUUGACCUCCGCGCCAACGUCCUCGAGACUAUCACCAAGGAUACCAUACAGCCACUCAUGGACAACCUCAACAACGACACCACUUCUUUCUACCUUGAGG